GCUUGAACAGGGUCACAAAGUCAACCGCAGGCACAAUGAAUUCAACUUAACUAAUUAAAUAUCAAUUUAAGAACUUCAAUAAACAACAUUUUAUAUUUAGUUGUAAAAUAUUCCUUUGAACAUUUACUAGUUAUGUACUUGAAUUGCGCCAGCAUGAUGUCUCAAGCAACAAAAUUCCUAAUCGUAGCCUCAAUACUAUUCACAGCAAAGGCAAGAAUCAACAAUUGCGAAGACAAAUUACUAGAGUUAUGCGUAUGUGGCAACCAAUACAUUGACCGAGCGACAAAGUUUGUUGUCAAUUGCACAGACACUGGAUUCACCAACAGUGACAUGUUAAUGGUAUUACCGAAAAAAACUAAUGUUCUUAUAUUUACUGGUAAUCAUAUAAGCAUUUUGCCAGUGAAUAUUUUUGGUGAGCAAGCUGAUUUGACUGCACUAGAAGUGAUCGAUAUGAGCAAUAAUGGUAUUACGGAAAUUAAAGGCAAAACUUUCCAUCAUGUUGGCAGUGUUAGAAGAUUAAUGUUGAAUCACAAUAAUAUUUCCAUAGCUGAAGAGGACGAUAGGAAUUUUCAUCAUCCUAGAGUGUUUUCUAAUUUUGAAAAUUUAGAAGAAUUGCACUUGACUAAUGCGUUUGCUGAUAAUACUGAUGAAGAGCUAGCUGACGAUUUACAUGAUAUUUUCGUCAAUAGCAACUUGACCAAGCUGUAUAAACUACAUCUGGAGCAAAAUGAAAUAAAAAAAUGGAAAGACGAAAAGGUUUUUUGCGAUUUGCCUUAUUUACACGAUUUAUAUCUUGGAGACAACUACAUCCCCAGUUUAAAUUUCAAUAUUUUAUGUUUAAAAAAAUUAAGGUAUUUGGAUUUAGAAAGUAACAACAUUUCAAAGUUUACCCAAGAAGAUUUAGACACAUUCGACAAGCUGGCCAACGAUCCUUCGCGGACAGAAAGCUUGACACUGGAAAUAGGCAAUAAUCCGAUAAAAUGCGACGCAAAUUCUAAAAAUUUGUACGCUUGGAGCCAAAAAACCGAUGUCAAAAUUCGAAAUGAAGAUGCCCUAACUUGUUGGAACGUGAAGUUUGGUAAAAUAUUGAACUUGAAAAGCUUAACUGAAUCUAAACAUGCCAAAUUUUCCAAAGCCUUGAUGGUAUUACUUGUGGUUUUAGUGUGUAUUUUGUUAACACUUAUUACAGCUUAUGUGUAUCUUAAAAAAGACAGUGUCAAGACGAAAUUGUCGCCUGUAUUGGAAGCUAUAACCAGGAAGGUGCAAUACACUACAAUAGAAUCUCAAGAGGUGUAAUUUUGAAAAUGCCCAUCAGGAUCAAAACAUUCCUAUAUUAAGUAUAAUCAUAUAAAUGAGUAUAUUUCUAUACUAUAAACAGUGAUUUUAUACUCGUACUGCCUACUAUGAUUAACUUAUUAGUAUUAUUUUUAUUUGUAGAGUUAAAUUUUUGUAUAUUGAUUUAAUCUUAAGACUUUACUGAGUAAUUUAACAUACAUUUUGUUUAGAACACAAGUGUUAAUAUGAUUAACAUUUUUGCAUUACAUUGAAAAUCGCUAUUUAGACUGAUCGAAAUUCCAAGCAAAUAAAACUUAUAUACCACUUUGUGAUAACCUAUGGUGCCUUUGUAAGAAUACGUGCAAUUUUUAUUAAUUUAUAUAAUAAAAAGUUUACU